CAAGCGUUAUCCUGCUGCAAAGACGACGCUGUUUUCAUUAUCAUUCAUAAGACUGAAAUGUAAUACAGUUUCUCACUUCUUUAUUGCGUAGAAUAUUUAUGUAGAAAAACUGCAUGGCAUGAAUUCGGACACUCGUACCUUCAUUCGAGACUUGGUGUCCUACACGGCAUUAAUUUUACUCGCCUUGCUGGUAUUUGGCACAAUCUGGUAUUUGAGGGCAAAAUUCCGCAACCUUAUUCUAAAUGAAACUCGAGUAACGACGGCAGGACAACUUCUUCAACAGCUGGGUGAUCACCACUAUUUGAGAGCGUCGGGUGCCGGAAACCAACUCCAGCCACCGCUGCAAAUCUCCAGUUCCAUGAUGAUGACGAGGACGAGACGAGCCACGGUUCAAGGCGACCCCAUCUAUCACUCCCCCUUCGACACUGGAAAUAUGCAUUACUUUCCAUACAACACGAACGAUCCGCCCCCAUCCUACGCUUCGCUCUCCUUCGAUACACCCACCCCUCACAAGGAACGGCUUGCAGCCACCCCAGGUUUAGAAAUAAGACCUCCAUCAGUGAGACCUCCGUCGUACCGGUCAAUUUUCCUGGUCCAGCCCGUACAAAUCUGAUAUGAUAAAAAACUUGCCCUCAUUUAUCAUAACGAUUGGGUAAUAUUUUAUUACAAGUUCUAUAUCUUCUUCAUCAACUACAGUUCUAUAAAUAAAUUGUUGAACAGGUUCAGUCGUUAAUUUAGUAUAAAAGUAUCGUUAUUGUUGUGGUUUGGCAGAUGGUUAAGAUAUUUCACAAGUAGCACCUGCUGCUUCCAAUGCAGCUUUUAAUUUCUCAGCCUCGUCUUUACCAAUGUCGGCUUUGAUAACGCAAGGGGACGAC